GGAUAUUUUGUUAUUCGGCAUGCAUUAUUGAUCUUCACCAGCGCUCAAGGUAGUAGGUACCAAUGGCUGUAUUGCAUUAGCUGAACCUUAGUAAAUCGGUUCAAGCCUAACAUGGGCAGCACAAUUUAGCGCCGUUCUACUGACCCACCAGCAUUCUGAGAGUUGUAAGCCUGCCUCUCAACAUCUGCAGAAAGAUUCCUACGAGGGUUUGGCCACGACGUGACACGAUACUUCGGGCUCGUAACAUCAUUUCGCCGGCAGCUGGACGCAGAACUGCAGUCCCAGAGCUACUUUCUCGUAGGCCAGGAUCAAUAUCAUCACAACACUCUCAGGUCGUCCUCAUGGCAAUCUUCGAAGCGUUGGAUCGUCUUGUUACGACAAGCCUCGCCAUUCCGUUCUUCAGCCUUUUAGCCAUUGGCUUCAUCUUCUCAUAUCUCUUCCAAAAGCCAUCCUUUCCAAGCAAUGCACCGCCCCUCACCAAAGAGUCAUGGCCCAUAAUUGGCAGCCCAGCAUUCUUCAGCGAACGAUGGAGUUUCUAUCAGCGAGCACACAAAGCGAGCAAGUCUGGCCAUUUCUCCUUCUACGCAGGUCAAAAUCCUGUGAUCGGGCUCUCCGCCGUCGAGGAGUCGUCGCGAAGACUAUUCUUCGACUCCAAAGCUUUGAGUGCAGCAGAAGCAUAUUCAGUGCUGCUCGCCGGCGUUCCUACUGUAAAGAGGAAUAUCGUGGUAAAUCCCAAGUCCGAGGACCUCAAUCUCACAGACAAGGAUGCAAAGCUUCGAUACCGAAUGAUCACCAUGAUGAAAAGCGAGAAGCUUUCUGGUUGCAUUCCCUGGAUGAUCAAAGAUGUCCGGAAUGCGCUCGAUGAGUUGAAGAAGGACCCAAAAGCAUUCACCGACCCGUUCCAAAGCAUAUAUCGCAUUGUGUUCCAGCUGACUGUACGACUCUCUGCAUGCGAUGAGCUGGCCGAUGAUCCUGUCCUGCGAGAGCAGACACUGCACUACUUUGAGCAGAUUGCUGGCGCGACAAGUCCUCUGACUAUCAUGUUUCCAUGGAUACCAUCUUGGGGCAAGGUCAUGCGGACUUAUGGCGGAGUCCGGCUUUUCAUGAUUUUUAAGAAGUUGACGGACCAGAGAAAAGUCGGCGACAAGUUCAACGAUACACUCCAGAUGUUGGUCAAUCUCAAAGAUACCCCAGUCGCUGUAAUCGAGUUUGUGAUCAGCAGUCUCUUCGCAGGCCAGAACAACACAGGUAUUCAAGGAGCGUGGAUUCUGACGCAAUUGGCUCAUAACAUCGAAUGGCAGCGACGAGUGCGUGAAGAAGUUGUGGCCGUAGCCAACGAGUACUGCCACGACACCGAACUUCCUCUUGCGGAGCGUCUUUCCAAGGUGCCGUUUGACGCUUGGGACAAGGAAUUCCCAAUGAUAUAUUUGUGCCUGAGAGAGACGAUGCGUCUUGGCAUGCCAGGAACAGCUUUCCGGAAGAAUAUCUCUGACCAAAACAUUCUGAUUCCUGGCACAGAAGAGGUUAUUCCACCGAAUACAUAUGUUGCGAUGCAUGUCUUUGACGCUCACCUCAAUGCGGACGUUUAUGAUGAGCCGAUUAAAUGGGAUCCGUCCCGUUAUCUGCCCGAUCGUGCGGAGGACAAACGGCAAAUCUAUUCAUGGAUGGGCUGGGGCCACGGCAGACAUCCAUGCCUGGGCAUCCGCUUCGCCAGAUUGGAGAUCAACAUGAUCAUCGCCUUUUGGUUUGCUUAUUUUGAGGAGUUUGAGCAUCUUGAUGCUGCAGGAAACAAGGCUUCGGAGGCGCCUGCUUUCAACAACGAUGAUGUCGGCACUCAUCUGCCACAGAGCAAGGUGUACCUCAAGUAUAAUCCAUCAUAGCGCGGAGAGACUUACUCAGCAUGCAUAUCUUGCCAAAUCCUUCGUCGGUCAAGCAGCGGCGUCCUCUGCGUUGCGCCGACAAGAUGCUCCUUGACUGCGAAUCUCAAGCUCUGUAUACACCUAUGGUGCUCUUCACGGGUCUCGACCGUAGUACAUGUCUCUGCUCUUGCAUCCAUUCUAGACUUCGAACGACAAUGUUGAGGAUUUGAGGGAUCGUCAAGGGAAUGUGGUUGAAUGUCUUCGUCGUGUGAUCUCUGAAACCCAUCUUCUACGUCCAGAGGACCCUCGGUCAGACGUUCCUGAAUACUGGAACUUGCUCGUAGUUGGCGGAGAGAGGUAGUGCGUACGCGUGCGUUCUGUCAAUCUGGUAAGUUCGUGAAAGUCGACUAGUUUGCUAGCUUGAGAAUAUAUCAGCUCGGUCUCCGAUGGGUCCUGUGAGCUCGCAAUUAGUCUCCUGCAACGAGGGUCGAAUCGAGUCCAACGAUGCAGACGCCUGCACAAAAAGGCCCAACCGAGGCCGAACUGAAUGUGUGGCAAGUCUGCUCCCGCAUCAGGGCCAGUUUUUACGACCUCGAUCUUGACGCAAUCUCCAAUCUCAACGACGAAAUUGCACGUCUUAUCGACGAAGUCUUCCACGCAGCGGUGAAGGAGGCCUCAGAAGUAUGCCGCAAAGAGGAUGAAACUGGUCUAUUGCGCGUCAUGCACGCUAUCGAGAAGCGAAAGGGCGACAGGGCACUGCACGCGUUGCUCAAAAAGUGGAUUAUGCGAUAUUGCCGGUACUGCGCAGGUUGCUGGCUUCGCGCAUAGAUAUCUAGUUUCGACUCUUGAUUCGAGAGAGCGCGAGACGAUGGAAGCCCUGCUCAAACAGAUGUGCGAGACCAUGCUAGAGAGCGAGGAGGAGCACUGAUCGUUACCGAACGAUUCGGAUACUGCAGCAGCUGAUCAGCAAACACAGCAGAUAGUGGGCUGUAAGUCCCAUCCAGCCGAGUGGCAUCAAUGUCAACAGCGUCCAGGACGCAUUCCGACGGUGAAGGAACAAUUCGGAGUGUGUUCUUGCAAUGCAGGGUGCCGAGAAUGGCCGGUUGGCCAUGCUUGCUUUGCGUGUCGAAGCUA